CUUGCCUGCGUGGCUAACGUCAACUUUUUGUAGUAGCAUUAGCAUGUUUGAAAUAAACGUCUUAAAACGUCUAAAGCGUCACCCGAAGCCAAAUUUCUCUUCCCGCUCGGACAUUGACAUCAUAUUUGUUUUUGACACACAGCUGGGACGGAUUGAAAAUUAUACAUGGGAAUAAUCUGUGCCGACAAAAACGCCUUUCGAAUAUUCGCAGAAUUCACAUUCCGGAAACGAACAAAAUAAAAGCGACGUCACGCCGUUUUUAAUGUCGUUAUCGUUUCGACAAACUGCACAGAAAUAACAAAAUUGGGUUAUGUAAACCCGGCUACUAUAUUGCUCGCCCACUCGAAGCAACAAUGUCACGCAAGAUGGACAACAACGGCUUGCCGUUCCUGCCAGGGUUCUCUUUCCAGGAUGUAACGAAAACAGCCUUUCAUCGCCCUCAGACGUUGUCCUAUUCCAAGGGCCUGGCAGUGGCCCGUCCGCCCAGGUUGGGCAUCGGCCUGGAGCCACUAUUAACGGAGCAGAUGAUGCAUGAGGAGCUCACCGGCAUGGCCGGUGACAUGCCGGACUUAACUUACGGCUCCUUCGACACUAAGUACAUCAAAGACUUGGUUAAUUUGUCCUACCACUCAGCUCCUGCACCCGCCCACCCAGAUCCUCCGCCCUUCAUCCCAGCUUACGUCAUGCUUGACAAGAAGGUGCUUUGCUUCAAAGCGUACUUCAAGGAGGAAAUAAUCAACAGUCGCGAUGAGAAGAGCUGCGUCCGCCACGUGGUCAUUUACUACUACCUCGAGGAUGACAGUAUGAGCAUCUCCGAGCCCUGGGUGCCCAAUUCUGGGAUACUUCAGGGACAGCGGAUUAAACGCCAAUGUCUGCCCAAGAAGGAACCCGGGAAGUUUUACAACUGGAAAGACCUCAACCUCGGAAUCGACCUGGAAGUGUACGGUGUGACUUACCACAUUGCGCAGUGUGAUGCAUUUACCAAGGACUUUAUGCAGCGUCAGGGCAUUAUUCUCAAUCUGCCUGAGGAAAUGCCAGUGGAUACUUACCUCGUGCGGCGGCAAAAACCUCCGCCGACCUCCACGACACACUCAGAAUUUGACAGCAGGUACCAGUUUCUCCACAUGGAUCGCAAGGUGCUGCGUUUCUUUGCCCUAUGGGACGAUACGGAGUCUGAGCUCGGCGAGACUUUGCCCGUUACGAUUCAUUACUUCCUGGUGAACGACACGGUGGAGAUCAGAGAGGACCACAAACCCAACAGUGGCCGCUUUCUUUUCCCGGUGCUCAUGCAGCGGCUGAGGAUACCGAAGAAAAUGAAGCCGAGCCACGAUCAGUUCCCGAGCUGUGUUAUGGAGGAUUCGAACGAGGAAGUUGAAGAGUACUUCUCCCCGAAAGACUUCCAAGUUGGCGAAAUGGUGAUAAUAAUGGGACGCCGUUUCCUACUGUACGACUGCGAUGAGUUCACUAAAGUCUACUACCACGAAAACCACCCCGAGAUCAACAUCAAAAGCAUAGAAGUACCCAGGCAGUUGGGCAAGUUUGAGGGCAUGAAAAAGGAGAUUCCUCCCUAUAAUGGCUUUGGAUCGCUCGAAGAUUCUCUGCAGAGUUGUUUGUCUCUAAUCCCCGCACCUCCCAGAAAGAACGUGUUAAAGAUGCUGGAGAAUGAACACAAAGUGCUGCGUUACAGUGCCCGACUGGUGACACCCAAGGAUGCAUCAGAGUCCCAGAGACGCAAAGAUGCAGAUCGAGUUUUCAUUAUGUCCUAUUACCUGUCAAAUGACACCAUCAGUAUUUACGAGAAUCCCAAACACAACUCCGGUUUCAGGGGCGGAGUGUUCCUGAAAAGGACACGUGUCCCCAAACCGGAUACUUCUGUUGACAAUCCCGACUUCUACUCACCGUCAGAUUUCUCAAUUGGAUCGAUUCUGGAUAGUGAGCCUUUGUUUUGUUUACUAUUUAAGACAACCCAAAGACUUCUACUGAGGGAUGCACCACCAAUUAACCAAAUAAUGCAUUUCUUUGUUUUCCCUGUAGUUUUUGGCCACCGCUUCAUCCUGACAGACGCUGACCUUUAUGUGCUAAAAUACAUGGAGAACAAUCCUGGCCAGAUUCCCUUGGAGACACUUGAAACUAUACGCCAGAAGCUGGGGUCUGAAACCAGCCAGCCAGCCAAACAAAAUGAGCCACCCUCGUGAUGUCAAGUCCACCGCGUCACAUCGUCGUGCUUUGGACCAGCACUCAAGAGCCUGAGGAAUGCUUCUGAACAAGACUUGAAUUUUUUGGGAAGUAUUUUUGGAAGGAGUAUCAGGGCCACACUGAGAACUAAAGACUAAAGUAGUUAUCGUUCAAAAUGAAGCAGAAGAUGCAGAUUGAAGAGGAUAUUGUUAAAUUACCUCAUUAUUCUCAGACCAUGACGACUUUUUUCUGAAUUUCCUCUGUAGCAUUCAUCAUGACAUGCACUGCCACUAGUAGCAGUCCAAGUUAAAGUGGUCUGGAAGAGGCACUUGUAUGUAAAGUUCACUUACUGCCUUAAGUUUUAAGGUUACAAUUCCAGACCAUUCUUCCCACACUAUUGUCAGUUUGGUAAGGGGCUAACAAAAGCAUGGCCGACAAAAUGAUUUCACAAUGUUGCCACAGAUUAAUUGUUGCAAGUGUUGUACACAAACUGUAUAGAGAGUAUAGCUAUUAUAGGGCAUAUAAAAGAAAAAUAUAGAAAAUGGCUUUGUGGUCUGCUGUGAUUGCCAGGCAUAAAACAACAU